CCCGCCGCCACCGCAGCCAACAUGGCUGCGCUCCGGAGUCCGGGAGGCGGCCGCUGAGCGCCGCCCCGCCGGCCCGGGCUCAAGCUCUGGUCCCGGCCAAUGGGCCCCGCCGCCUCGCGGCUCCCGGCGCGCUAGGCUGCAGCCCAGCUCUGCCCGCCGGCCUGGGGGAGCCCGGGCGCAGUCCGGCGGGGCGGGGCGGCCCGCCAGCAUGGAGCCGCAGCGCCGGGAGCUGCUCGCCCAGUGUCAGCAGAGCCUGGCCCAGGCCAUGACCGAGGUGGAGGCGGUGCUCGGGCUGCUCGAGGCCGCGGGCGCGCUCAGCCCCGGCGAGCGGCGGCAGCUGGACGAGGAGGCGGGAGGCGCCAAGGCGGAGCUGCUGCUGAAGCUGCUCUUGGCCAAGGAGCAGGACCACUUCCAGGACCUGCGCGCCGCGCUGGAGAAGACGCAGCCUCACCUGCUGCCCAUUCUCUACCUGAACGGCGUCGGACCGCCGCAGCCCGCCGAGGGUGCGGGCUCCACCUACAGCGUCCUGUCCAUCAUGCCCUCGGACUCGGAAAGCAGCAGCUCCCUUAGCAGUGUGGGGACCACCGGAAAAGCACCAUCCCCACCUCCCCUCCUUACCGAGCAACAGGUCAACGAGAAGGUGGAGAACCUCUCCAUUCAGCUCCGGCUGAUGACCCGUGAGAGGAACGAGCUGCGCAAGCGUCUGGCCUUCGCCACCCAUGGAGCGACCUUCGACAAGAGGCCCUACCACAGGCUAAAUCCUGACUAUGAAAGGCUGAAGAUCCAGUGUGUGCGGGCCAUGUCGGACCUGCAGAGCCUGCAGAACCAGCAUACCAACGCCUUGAAGAGGUGCGAGGAGGUGGCCAAGGAGACAGACUUCUACCACACCCUCCACAGUCGACUCCUGAGUGACCAGACUCAACUGAAGGACAACGUAGACAUGCUGAGGCGUGAGAACGGGAAGUUGCUGCGGGAGCGAAACCUGCUACAGCAGUCCUGGGAGGACAUGAAGCGGCUCCGUGAGGAGGACCAGAAGGAGAUUGGUGACCUCCGGGCUCAGCAGCAGCAGGUACUGAAACACAAUGGCUCAUCAGAGAUCCUCAACAAGCUGUAUGACACAGCCAUGGACAAGCUAGAGGUUGUCAAGAAGGACUAUGAUGCCCUGCGGAAGAGGUACAGUGAGAAAGUCGCCAUGCACAACUCAGACCUGAGCCGCCUGGAGCAGCUAGGGGAGGAGAACCAGCGUCUGCAGAAGCAGACAGAGAUGCUGACCCAGCAGAGGGACACGGCCAUCCAGCUGCAACACCAGUGUGCCCUCUCCCUGAGGAGGUUUGAGACAAUCCACCAUGAGCUGAGCAAGGCCACGGCACAGAACAAGGACCUUCAGUGGGAGAUGGAGCUGCUGCAGUCAGAGCUGACGGAGCUGAGGAGCAAGCAGGUGAAAACCGCCAAGGAGUCGGAGAAAUACAAGGAGGAGCGUGAUGCUGUGUACAGCGAGUAUAAGCUCAUCAUGAGCGAGCGUGACCAGGUCAUCUCCGAGCUGGACAAGCUACAGACAGAGGUGGAGCUGGCUGAGUCCAAGCUCAAGAGCAGUACAUCAGAGAAGAAGGCAGCCAGCGAGGAGAUGGAGGCUCUGCGCCAGAUCAAAGACACAGUGACCAUGGAUGCCGGGAGAGCCAACAAGGAGGUGGAAAUCCUUCGAAAGCAAUGCAAGGCACUGUGCCAGGAACUGAAGGAAGCCCUCCAGGAGGCGGAUGUGGCCAAGUGCCGACGAGACUGGGCCUUUCAGGAGCGGGACAAGAUUGUGGCAGAGCGUGACAGCAUCCGGACUCUGUGUGACAACCUGAGGCGUGAGCGGGAUCGGGCUGUGAGCGAGCUGGCUGAAGCCCUGCGUAGCCUGGACGACACUCGGAAACAGAAGAAUGAUGUCAGCCGGGAGCUUAAGGAGCUCAAGGAGCAGAUGGAAUGCCAGCUGGAAAAGGAGGCCCGAUUCCGGCAGCUGAUGGCCCACAGCUCCCAUGACUCGGCCAUCGACACUGAUUCCAUGGAAUGGGAAACAGAAGUUGUGGAGUUUGAGAGGGAGACGGAGGAUAUUGACUUGAAAGCACUUGGAUUUGACAUGGCAGAGGGUGUGAAUGAGCCUUGUUUCCCGGGGGACUGUGGCAUAUUUGUCACUAAAGUGGACAAAGGAAGCAUUGCUGAUGGUCGCUUGAGGGUCAAUGACUGGCUGCUGAGAAUCAACGACGUGGACCUCAUCAACAAGGACAAGAAGCAGGCCAUCAAGGCUCUCCUCAAUGGAGAGGGGGCCAUCAACAUGGUGGUGAGGCGGAGGAAGUCCCUCGGUGGAAAGGUGGUCACGCCUCUGCACAUCAACCUCAGUGGACAGAAAGACAGUGGCAUCAGUUUGGAGAAUGGAGUAUAUGCUGCCGCUGUGGUGCCUGGGAGUCCUGCUGCCAAAGAGGGGUCCCUUGCCGUGGGAGACAGGAUUGUUGCGAUCAAUGGUAUUGCACUGGACAACAAGUCCCUGAAUGAAUGUGAAUCUCUGCUGCGGAGCUGUCAGGACUCCUUGACCCUCUCCCUCCUGAAGGUGUUUCCUCAGAGCUCCUCGUGGAGUGGCCAGAACAUCUUUGAAAAUACCAAGGACUCAGAUAAAAUGCUGAGUUGUAGAGCCCACGGUCCUGAGGUCCAGGCUCAUAACAAACGGAACUUGUUGCAGCACAAUAACUCCACACAGACCGAUGUCUUCUACAUGGAUCAGCUGGAAGACAGGAAGGAACUGGGGCACCCUGGAGGCAGCAGCUCUUUUCUGCAUAAGCCAAUCCCCGGAGGCCCCUUCCAGGCCUCUCCCCAGUCCUGUUCCAGUACUUCUGAGCGUAGCCUGAGCUCUUUCCGCUCAGAUGCCUCUGCAGAGCGAGGUUAUGGGCUGAUGGACAUGCCAAGCCAGCGGCCACUGCUGCCCUUUGAGACUGAGGUGGGCCCCUGUGGAGCAGUGGAGGAUCCCCUGGACAAGGCGGACCCUGAGGGUUCCAACAGUGGUGGAACUUGGCCUAAGGCUGUGCUUGGCUCCACUGCGGGGCCUGAGAAGCUAUCCGUGUACAAGAAACCCAAACAAAGGAAGUCUAUCUUUGACCCAAACACUUUUAAGCGCCCCCAGACGCCCCCUAAAAUAGACUACCUACUUCCAGGCCCUGGGCCUGCUCACUCUCCCCAGCCCUCCAAGAGGGUAGGGUCUCUGACACCCCCAAAGCCCCCCAGAAGAAGUGACUCCAUCAAAUUCCAGCACAGGCUAGAGACCAGUUCAGAGUCAGAAGCCACUUUGGUGGGCAGCUCCCCCUCUACCAGCCCUCCAAGUGCUCCACCCCCUGAUGUGGACGUUGGGGAACCCAUGCAUACUUCCCCCCCUCGCAAGGCCAGGGUCCGUAUUACCUCCAGCUACCACUCUGAAGGGGACGGAGACUCCUCCUACCUGCCUGCCAAGAAGUCCUGUGAUGAAGACCUCACUGCUCAAAAGGUGGACGAGCUCGGGCAGAAACGGCGCCGGCCAAAGUCUGCUCCUAGUUUUCGGCCCAAGAUCUCUCCAGUAGUGAUUCCUGUUCAGUGCCUGGAGGAACAGAAGUGUGUCCCAGCCACUGGAGAGCUCUCCCCAGAGGUCCAGGAAUGGUCCCCAUACUCACCAGGGCAUCCUAGCAGGCAUGGCAACCCCCCACUCUACCCCAACAGGCCAUCUGUAGGUACUGUUCCCCGGAGCAUGACCCCCAGCACCACUGUGAGCUCCAUCCUGCGGAACCCCAUCUAUACUGUACGCAGCCACAGGGUGGUCCCCUGCUCUCCACCUGUGCCCCGAGAUGCUGGUCCUCAGGGCUUAUCUCCCAGUGUCCAACAUCAGGGACGCCUCAGCCUGGACCUGAGCCACAGGGCCUGCAGUGACUACUCCGAGAUGAGAACCUCCCAUGGCUCCAACUCACUGCCCUCCAGUGCCCGCCUCGGGUCUUCCAGUAACCUGCAAUUCAAGGCAGAACGCAUUAAGAUCCCAUUAACACCGAGAUAUCCCCGGUCUGUCAUGGGCUCUGACAGAGGCUCGUUGUCACAUUCCGAAUGCAGCACUCCUCCCCGGUCCCCACUGAGCAUCGACACCCUGUCCUCUGGUAGCCAGCCUCAAACCUCAGCCUCCACAUUGCCCAGGAUUGCUGUCAACCCCACAUCCCAUGGAGAGCGAAGAAAGGACAGACCUUACCUGGAAGAGCCACGCCACGUGAAGGUGCAGAAGGGCUCAGAGCCUCUGGGCAUCUCCAUCGUGAGUGGAGAGAAGGGUGGUAUCUACGUUUCCAAGGUGACCAUAGGAAGCAUUGCCCACCAGGCCGGCCUUGAGUAUGGAGACCAGUUACUUGAGUUCAAUGGCAUAAACCUGCGGAGUGCCACUGAGCAGCAGGCCCGGCUCAUCAUUGGGCAGCAGUGUGACACCGUCACCAUCCUGGCCCAGUACAACCCACACAUGCACCAGCUCAGCAGCCAUUCCCGCUCCAGCUCCCACCUGGACCCUGCCGGCGCUCACUCCACUGUGCAUGGCAGCGGUGCUACCACCCCAGAGCAGCCCUCUGUCAUUGACCCGCUGAUGGAACAGGAUGAAGGCCCGAGCACCCCUCCGGCAAAGCAGAGCAUCCCCAGCUCCAGGAUUGUGGGAGAUGCCAACAAGAAGACCCCUGAACCCCGCAUUGUCUUCAUCAAGAAAUCCCAGCUGGAGCUUGGGGUGCACUUGUGUGGUGGGAACCUACAUGGGGUAUUUGUGGCUGAGGUGGAGGAUGACAGUCCUGCAAAGGGUCCCGAUGGCCUCAUGCCUGGGGACCUCAUCCUUGAGUACGGUAGCCUGGAUGUGCGCAGCAAGACGGUGGAGGAAGUCUAUGUGCAGAUGCUGAAGCCCAAGGAUGGUGUUCGCCUGAAGGUGCAGUACCGCCCAGAGGAGUUCACCAGGGUCAAGGGCCUGCCCGGAGACAGCUUCUACAUCAGGGCUCUGUACGACCGGCUGGCAGAGGUGGAGCCUGAGCUGACCUUUAAGAAAGACGACAUCCUCUAUGUGGAUGACACAUUGCCCCAGGGCAUGUUCGGGUGCUGGAUGGCUUGGCAGCUGGAUGAAAAUGCACAGAAGAUCCAGCGUGGGCAGAUUCCCAGCAAAUACGUGAUGGACCAAGAGUUCUCGAGGAGGCUCAGCAUGUCUGAGGUUAAAGAUGACAGCACUGCAAAGACGUUAUCAGCGGCUGCUCGUCGGUCCUUCUUUAGAAGGAAACAUAAGCACAAGCGCAGUGGGUCCAAAGACGGCAAGGACCUUCUUGCCUUGGACACCUUUGCCAAUGACUCCAUUCCUCUCUUUGAAGAUUCGGUGAGCCUGGCCUAUCAGCGGGUCCAGAAAGUCGACUGUACCUCUCUGCGGCCUGUCCUCAUCUUAGGGCCUUUACUGGAUGUGGUUAAAGAGAUGCUGAUGAAUGAGGCACCUGGCAAGUUCUGCAGAUGCCCUCUUGAGGUGAUGAAGGCCUCCCAGCAGGCCAUUGAGCGGGGCGUCAAAGACUGUCUGUUCGUGGACUACAAGCGGAGGAGCGGUCAUUUUGAUGUGACCACAGUGGCUUCAAUAAAGGAGAUCACAGAAAAGAACCGGCACUGUCUCCUGGACAUCGCCCCACAUGCCAUUGAGCGGCUGCACUGUAUGCACAUCUACCCCAUUGUCAUCUUCAUCCGCUACAAGAGCGCCAAGCACAUCAAGGAACAGAGAGACCCUGUCUACCUGAGGGACAAGGUGACACAGAGGCAUUCCAAAGAACAGUUUGAGACCGCACAGAAGAUUGAGCAGGAGUAUAGCAGAUAUUUCACAGGGAUUGUCCAGGGCGGAGCCCUUUCAAGCAUUUGCACUCAGAUCUUGGCAACCGUCAAUCAAGAGCAAAGCAAAGUCCUGUGGAUCCCUGCUAGCCCACCCUAGUAGAAGACUGUGCCAGAGGUGCCUCCGUCACUUGAUGGUGGGGACAGCUGGCUGGCUCUUUUCCAGCCCAUGAACAUAGAGGUCUGCCUGUAUGUAGACAAGCUGGGAAGGACCCAGAACCAGGACUCCAGGAGCACCUCCUAUGUAUAGGAGGGCCACACAGAUUUGGGCCCAGGCUGGUGGACUGCUCCUCCCACAUGUAUGCUUUAAAAUAAAAAGCAAAAACAUGAAAGACUUGACCCUCCCUCCUGUAGCCAGCCGAUCAGCGAUGCUGCACCCAGAACCUUGCACAUCACACGUUUACAAGCCUUUUCUAAGUAUUUGGUUGUUUAUGUUUACUUGAAUGGCUCCAUGUUAUCGGUGCCCAGCCCUGAUCCUGUCCCCUCUGUCACUCCCUGUCGGUUUGAUGUUCUUGUCUUUGGGAGAACGAUCCUGGAAACUUGUUGGGGGGCUGCUUUGCUAUUGGAGGUUCCUGUCAGUGGGACCAGAGCGUUGACAGACUUCCUGCUCCUUGUGGCCCCUCUCCUGGAAGGACAUCACAACCACAGGUGCUCAGACUCCCGCCACAGCCUGUGCCUUGGUGGGGCCAACUCACCAUGCAGUGCUUUCCUCCAGUACCAGGGCUGGGCUCCUGCAGAUUCAGCUCUUGGCCUCUCUCUUGCCUCCCUGGCCUCAUUUCUUUUGCAGCUGCAUUUAUAUUUAAGUACCACGUCUGAUCUGUCAGAGCUUUAUGGUUUUGGGGGAUAUGGGUCCUCAGAAGGGUGUGAAAUAGGGGCAUGCCAUUGGCUCCCACAGGUUCCCAGAGCCCCUUGUCAGUCAAUGCUGCAGGUUAUCCUUACACUAUAGAAAACCACCUCUUUUUGGUAUUAAACUAUUUGUGUUGCAGCUUUGAAAUAAGUGCUAUAGGGGAAAUAUAAUGGUUCGUCGUCUCUACUGAAAAUCUAAGAAGAAAGCCUGGGAGAUUUUUUUAGCCUGGUUACAGCACUCACAUUAGCCUGACUGUGUGAGGGCGUCUCCAUUCUUUGUUUUGUUUUUUCCUAAUCUUUUCUUGAAUAUUUGUUUUUCCUCUUCCUCUCUCUGUCUCUCUCCGUCUCUUGUCUCUCUCUGUCUCUCCUGUACUUCUGACACCAGACAUAUCUGGCUAAAGAGUUGAUGUGGUUCCUCCUUGAAUUGUGUGUCCUGUUAAUAGGUACUGUACUGGGUUCCGUGUGUCACUGGGGUAGGACCUAUGUUUUAAUACUGUUCUUAACAUUUCAUUUUACUAGCAAAAAAUCUUUGAUUUCAUUUAUUCUUUGUAAUUCUAGACACUAGAUUGUAGUUUAGCCAUUAUUGACAUUUUUUAAAAAAAGGGAUAUAUUUUCUUGCACAGCUGUCUAAAGAGACAAGUUUCAGCCCUCAAUGCUGUUUUUUGUCUUACAGGUACAAGUUUUCUAGCUCAGACAACUGAGAAAAACUGUAGACCAUUCUGGAGGUCUUGCUGGCACUGCAGGGGGGUGGGGAGGUGCUGUUUCCUAGGUCAUAGGCCUGGUUGGGCUGUGCCAGACAGCGGGACAGGCAGGUACGGACUGACAGAUGGGAUAUUCUGUACUAAAAUGUUACUUUGUAUCAAAAGUGAAACAGACUUUAGUACAACAAAUAAAGGUCAAUUUCUGUAA